AUGGAAGCCCAAUCGCCAAGAAUUACUUCUGCACUUCUUACAAAAUAUCGUGGACAAAUCGUUCGUUGUGUCGGACGCGUUUUACAGACAUCGAAUAUCGUUGCGACUUUGGAAGCCUGUGAUCAAGGGCAAGUUACAGUUCAUUUAGGACCGGAUACUACCACAUUAACACUACUUAAAUACGUUGAGGUUGUUGGACGUGUUUCUGAUGAUUUAACCAUUAAAGAACAUAUGACAUAUCAACUAAGUGAUAACUUUGACCUCAACUUGUAUAAAUCUGUGAUCGAAAAGGCACAGAAAUAUCCUGAUAUCUUUUCUUGA